CGGCAGAGGAGGAGCUGCGGGACCGCAGACGGACGAGGAAGAGUUCAACGGUUCCCGGUUGUUGCACCGGUGCACAUCAACGGUGCUGCUGCUUCCCAGCGGCUCUGGACCGGACCGACACCGCUGCUCCGGCUUGUUUCCUCAUCUUCCCGCCGCCAUGUGUCGACGACGAGCCACGUGUUGACAGCUUCCCGCAGCGACAUUAACAGACGGAGAGCGAUGGAAGAGAGGUCUGAGGUGUUGGAGGAUAUCGUUUUUCGAGGAGUGGCGUUUUCGGUGAAGAUGGCGUUGGACAAGGGUUUGCUGAUAGUUGAGAUCUCAGACUCGGUGACAGCGGAUCAAUGGAGGGGGGAGUUUGAUCCAGCAUAUAUUGAAGACCUCACCCGUAAAACUGGCAACUUCAAGCAGUUUCCAAUUUUCUGUAGCAUGUUGGAGUCAGCGGUUAGAAAGAUGAGCGAGUCCGUUACACUUGACCUCUUGACUUACGCUGACCUGGAGCUUCUACGCAACAGAAAAGCAGGAGUUGUCAGUCGCCCUCGUGGCCACCAGCAGUCGUCCGCUCUUACUGCCAAAAGAUAUCUCAUACUCGUUUACACUGUGGAGUUUGACAGGAUACACUACCCUUUACCGCUGCCAUAUGUGGGGAAGCCUGAUCCAGCUACCCUGCAGAAGGAGAUCAGAGCCCUCCGGGCUGAGCUCGGCGCCGUCACCUCUCACGGAGUUAAUAAAUCUGCAGAACUAGAAAUACAGCGGCUACGAGCAGAGCUGACUGUGGUGAAAGAAGAGAAGGACGCCAUGGCUCGCCACCUGGAGGGGCUGCAGAUGACUGAAAGAGGAUCCACACCCGGCCAGGACUGGAGGAACAGAGAUGUGGUGAGGAUGCUGGAGGAGCAGCUCGUCAAGGAGAGGGCCAAAGGUCAACGCUCAACGAGCAAGAGGUGUCAGGAGCAGAGGCUCCUAAUGGAGCAGUUGGAUGAAUUGAGAGCAUCAGAAUGUGCUCUCCGCAUCCGUGUUAAGAAUCUCACCAGUGAGCUGGCAAUACUACGGAGAGGGUUAGACAAUCUCAGCGUCAGGGUGACCCCGGUGUCCGGCCACACCCGAUCUCGCGUCGACGGGGAAGUCUACCGCUCGCUCUCCCGCGAGAGGAGGUCUGGAUACGGCACUGGUAGGGCGCGUUCAGGAUCCAGAGAACGGACAGAAGAUAGGCAGCACUGGUCAACGGAAAGAGGGCGGAGAGCAGACUCUUCGGGGCCACGGGCCUACAUACCCAGGCCGUCACCGUCUCCCACAGGCUCCAGAGUGCAGCGCUUUGACCCAACUGCAUACAUCCAAGAUAAGCAGCGCAGACAGAAAGACACAGAACUCAAAAAACAGAGGAAGGUGAGGAGGGACAUGCUGGCGUCGCCCAACCUCCCAGAGAGAGGCCGCUCCCGGUCCAGAGAAGCCUACCCUCCGACGGCCCGGUCCGGCAGCAGAGGCAGGAGUUUGUCGGUGGAGCGCCGAGGCAGCAGGACCUCCUCUCAGAGCUCACUGGUCGAUAUGGAAGAAAUGGCCAAAACCCUUUUCAGAGGCAGAAAACAGACUUAUAAUGGACCUAAUGAGUCUAGAGGUGGCCUUUUGACAAGGAAGCCAUUAUGCAGUACUCCAACACACAGAAUUAAAGACAAAGAGAGCACUGCAGAUAGAAGUGCUGACCUGUCUGAGAUUGAUGCGAGGCUGCAGGCUCUGCAGGAAUACAUGAGGGACCUGGAUACGGGCCACUAACCUGCUGUUCCAGCCACACCUGUGGUACCUGAGAGCUGCACUGGAGCUCUGAGCAGCUGCGUGCAGACGGAGGAACUCACACACGAGUCAAACCUGAGGAACGUGUUGAUCCGAGUUCAAGCUCCAGAGACUCACCCUGGAGGUUCAGGACUGCAGGACUCCACAAACAUCACUGUGAAGGACUACUUUUUGUGGACUGAUUAUUUUUAUCCAAUGUGUCAAUUAAUGAGAAUAUAAUUUUAUCUGAUAAAUAUUUUUAUUUUAACCAAACUAAUGCAUCCAAGUGAAAUUUGGCACUAAUUGAACUGGUAAAUAUUUUCAUCUUUGUGGUGAUCGGUUUGUCUUUUAUAUUUAAUGAUAUUGAUGAGUCAGCGUGUGUUUUCAUGUAAACAAUUCUUCAUAAAUGUUCGUUUAAUUCUGCGGAUGGCAAAUAGAUUGUUAUUCAAACUCCACAUUUCAAAUUCUGGUGACGUUGUGCAUAUUUCCAACUUAUUAUUGUAAAAAUGACAAUUUCACAGUUAAAAAUUUGUAUGUAAAAUAUCUCCAUCUUUGCAGAAAACAGGGUUAUAAAUAUAUUUGUUUUAUAUUAAAUCCACAUUUUGACCACACUUAUUGAACCUGUGGUGGACUGUUGUUUCCCCUCCUAGUGCAUGCAGGGAUAAACUCUCGAGGGACCAAGUAGACCAUGUUACUGUUUCAAUGUGUGUUGCCAUAAAUUGGUGUUAAACUGUUACUGCUGCCAAAGCUCAAUUUUUUUAUUUUUAUUUUUCAGUGUUUGUAUGUUUUGCUGCUCGAUCUUGAGCAUUGGUGCAUUUCUUUUAUUUUUUCUACCAUCAUAGUUGAUCCACAUGUGCACUGCAGAUGAGCAUCGUGUCCUCUCUAAACAGCCUUUUGAAAUAACUAAAUGUUUUGUUAAAGAAUAUCCCACCAAAAAUAAAUCUAAAACACUUUCAUUAA